UGAGUGCGCUUAUAUUGCAGUUUUACGGUACUUAGAUGCGUCGUCGGCAUGGAAACCGGCAGCGUUUGGGGAGCAGAAACACUCACGGUGCUCCAAAGACCUUGGAUCCAGUAAGUGCAAUGGAAGAAGAAACUCGGGAGGAUCAUGAUGCGAAGCUCGCUUCCUCCAAAGAAGCUAAAGAUUUCUUGUCCAGUAUUGAGUCAAGGGAACUUGAUCGAUGUCUGUUUGCAGACUCCUUGAUUACAGUGUCAGAUACUGGACGGGAAUUGGGAGAGUUCACCAUAACUAUGCAGAAUGCAGUUUAUAACAAUGAACAGUGCUAUCUUCUACAUGCUAACAGCCAUGGUUCAAUUGAUGAUAUACCAUGUGGAACAUCUAUCAUGGCUUACAUUUCAAAGACACUUGAGACGUUGGAACAAAACCACCAUGAGUACGUGCAGCUUCAGGACCACAGUUUGGACAGGAAGUCUCACAUGGUGCGACAUGGUGAUCAGCUGGUGGUGAAUAAAAUCAUCACGGAGGGAGAGGAAGUGAAGAGCCAGUCCUUCACAUUUCCAGUGAGCUCUUUGGAGGGAUUUGUGUCAGAAGCCUCAAAUCUUCUUAUUCUGCGAAUUCUAGCUCAAAGGAAGAUUUUUCCAGAGAACAUGGUGUUCUUGUCUCUUGACACCGAGACUCAGAUCUGUUUUUCUACCUACAAAGUAUUAGGGGAGAGGAAGCAGUUGUUGGGAACAGAGUUCAUGGAUGUGUUUGGCAUCCAGAGGACAGUGGAGUCUGUUACAGAUAUCUCUGCUACAUGGCACUGCUACUUUCUUUCAGAUGGCCAUCUUGCAAGCAGAGUGCAAGUUGGAUCACCGGUAACAAUGAAGCUACUUCACAAGCCUGCUGACAAAGUAACAGUAGAAAAAGUGGAGAAACCUGUUUUUGAAAAGAAACCCCUGGUGUGGGAAGAAGACAUGCAGAUGUUCUCCAGAUUUCUGGACAGAAAGGAAGAGCUGAGAAGCAGUCAUGCCUCAUAUGUUCAAGAACACCCCGAACUGAAAGCCCUGCUAGCUGACUUCCUGCAGUUCCUACUGCUCCGCAAACCGGAUGACGUUCUGUCUUUUGCUGUGGAGUACUUUGCGCCAUUUGGUUCCCAGAGGGCCCCAGGAACUUCGACUCCUCCAGUUCUGUGAAGUCAUAUAACUACCAUGAAAAUAUACCCACAUAAAACAAGCCGAAAUGUAAUGUAUUCAUUUCCCAGAAAGUAUGAUAUACAUACAGCAUGAGAUUUUAAUAAAGUACAUGUACUUGGG